GACGGGUGGGUUUCACUUUCGGACCUCGCGGUGUGCUGCCUGGUGUGGCCGUGUUUUAUGCCCGCUCGCUCGUACAGUGUGCUUCCAAUAGUGGCCGCGCGCGCGUGCUGUGCUGUGUGUUUAUUCUGAAGCAGGCCAGAAGCUUCUGUAGUUAAGCAUUUUAGUUUACAAUAAGUGUACAGAACCAGAAACUCCAAACGACUGAUAAAGCAGCAAUCGUAAUAGUGCCUUUGCCAGGGAUGUACAUCAAACGUCCCACAAAAGAAGUGUCCGAUUGUUGCCGUUUACAGUGCAAUUAGGUAAUUAUUUCUUCCCACGCUGCCAUCUCCUUUCCCACCCAAUUCCCAUUCCGCAUGAGCAUCCUAAAUGGAUAGGGACGGCACCGGUGUGCGUCGAACCGGUGUACUGCAGUGCGUGUCCCGUUCCCAGCGUGCGUUAGGCAGCAACCGUGAGGCAGAAAAUGAAAAGUGCCUGCCCGCCUGCGGUAGCAGGGGCGAUAAAUGGAGCCGCGAAGUGAACCCCGAACCCGCCGGGCCGGUUCGCCAGUGAAGGGGAAGAAAAAGUCCACCGCCAAGCACACGGUCAAGUUUAAGGAGCAGGCGCGGGACGACGUGCUGGUGGUGACGGUCGAGCCGCCGUCGCCGUCGCCCGGCUCGCCCGAACCGUCGCCCAAGGCGGCCGUAACGUUUGCGCUUCCGCCGAUCACGAGCGUCUCGUACCAGCGGCCCAAAUCCGGCGGCGAAAAGCCCCCGACCACCGAUACACGUGCGCUUCCGAAGGAGAAGGAUCCAACGAAACGGACGGCAAAACCGGCCGACAGCCAGCGGCUGGCCGAGGGAUGUACCUCGCUAAUGUACGCCUGCCAGCAGGGUCUUACCGGUGAUAUAUUGAAGGAGCUGCGACAAAAGCCCAGCGCCGUACAUCGACGGGAUCGGAGCAACAAAAGUGCCUUACACUACUGCAGCAGUGCGCAGGAUAUUGCUGCGGCCGCGAGCGUCGCCAUGGUAGCGCCCGAGCUGAUCGAGUCCGCGGACGAGGAUGGAUUUACGCCGCUGCAUCUGGCGGUAAUACAGGGAAACCUGCAGCUGGUCAAUCUGCUGCUAGCGAACGGGGCGGAUGUGAACGCACUCGACAACGAGGGACACUCGGUGGUGCACUGGGCAACCGUGUGCGGCGAGGUGGAGGCACUGCGCGCCGUCCUGGCCGCCGGAGCGGAUGUGUCCACGCCGGACAUUAACGGGGGCAGCCCGCUGCACUAUGCCGCCCAGAUGUGCGGUGCCAACUACGAGGGCAAGACGGCACGCGCCUCGGCCAAGCUGGCGCUCGAGAUACUGAACACGCUCCUGAACCAUCCUGAUACUUCGGUGGAAGUAGAGGAUAAGGAUGGCCGACAACCGCUGCUGUGGGCUGCAUCCGCCGGCUCGGCCAAGGCUGUGCUGGCUUUGAUAAAAGCUGGAGCUCACGUCGAAAGUGCCGAUAAGGACGGACUGACCGCACUGCACUGUGCUGCGUCGCGGGGCCACACCGAGUGCAUCGAUACGCUGAUCAACCUGUGCGGCGCGCACACCGACCAGAUCGACUCGAACGGCUGCACGGCGCUGCACUACGCGGUUACGCUCGGGCAUGCCGAUGCGACGUCGCUGCUGCUGAAGCUGGAUGCCGAUCCGAACCGGCAGGACCGGAAGGGCCGCACGCCAGCCCACUGCGGGUGUGCGAAGGGCCAGAUGGAGACGGUCAAGAUACUGCACGCGAAGAAGGGCAACCUGUGGCUGCGGAACGCGAAGGGCGAUCUGCCGGUGCACGAUGCGGCCUGUUCCGGCCGCCGCCAGCUCGUUCAGUGGCUGAUCCAGAUGAAGCCGAAGCACAUCAACACAACGAGCAACGACGGGCGGACGCUGCUGCACAUUGCCGCCGGGCACGACAAUGUGGACAUGUGCAAGUUGCUGCUGGAGCUGGGCGCCGACGUCAAUCUGCUGUACCGGCCGUCGUCGAAGGGGGCGCCACUAACGCCGCUCGAUUACGCGCUGGCGAAAGGGUACCGGUCGACCGCCAAGUAUCUGCAGAUGCAGGGCGGCCUGCCAGCGAACAAGCUGCGGCUGUCCGGGCGCCAGCAAAAGAUCCUGCCCGACAUCGACCGGGUGGAGCCGCUGAAGCUGACGGAGAAGGAAGAGCUGAUCGAUCUGAAAACGUCCAAGCGGUACAUCGUCUAUCUGAACUCCAACUCGGACAGCGAGUCGCAGGAGGAUCGGCCGCACCGGAAGAGCCGGCACAAGCGAAAAGGCAGCCACCGGGGUCGCCGUACGAGCAGCUGCAGCGACACGGUGUACCUCUACCGGGACGGCUCGAACGACAUCAGCCGGUCGCGCAGCAAUGCGGAGCUGCAUCGCAGCGAUCAGCGCACGGGCAAGCAUCGCCGCACCAGCAGCUCGUCGUCCGCCAGCACGAGCGGUUCGUCCUCGGACGGCUGCUGCAGGCACGUGCGCCGAAAGCAUAAGUGCUACAAGAAGUGCUCCUCCAAGCGGUCCCACUCGCGCGACCGGCACAAGGACCGCGAGCGGGAGGAGACGCGCGACGCACCACUGCCACCGGACGCGCUCAAGGAGUACGAGUUUAAGUACGCGGAGAAGAAGGAGCCGGGACCGCGCAAGCCGGGCGAGCGGUGCGGCAAGAUCAUCCUGAAGCAGGUGCACAGCGGCUCCUCCGAGAACGAUUCCCCCGCGAACGGAGGGGGUCGGGCGGGACCGGGGCUAAAGUUUUCCUCCGAGCGACGCGAAACGCAUCUCGGGCUGCCCGUGCAGCUGCAGUACGGUGGCGCUGGUGGGUUUGAUGCUUCCGGGGGUUUGAGCGAUUUUUUAGAGGAGCCCACGUCACCCCGCACGCCACCGCGGGCCGAGUUUAACAUCCGCAAAGAGUCGGACGCGAAGAGCGAGGGCAAGUCGUCCGACUCGAGCACGACGAAGAAGAAGAAGGUUAAGGGCACGGGCAAGAAGUCGAAGCUGGCCAAGACGGCCAAAAAGUCCGACUCGCCCAGCGAGGAGGAACAGGCGAAGGUGCCGGCACCGGUCACCGAGGUGGUGACGCACGCACAGGUGCACCCCGCGCCCGAAUCGAUGUCCAAGUCGACGGAGGACGACGGUGCGGCCACGGACGCUACGUACACGAUCGAGCAGCGCACCCGGUCGGACGUGGAGGGCCUCAGCGAGACGGAAGAGCGUAGCGCGAAAGGGGGACUACCGCGCGUAACUAGCAAACCGAUGGCGGAAACUAUCCGCGAAGAGGUGCGCGAUGAACACGCGGUAGAGAUGGCGCAACAGCAGCAGCAGGCGGUACGCAAAGAUCGCUCCAAGCUUAAAUCCGCCAAGAGUGACAGCUCCAAGAGCCACUCCAAGUCGGAGUCGUCCGAUAAGGAAGCGUCUAAAGUGCAGCAGAAACCGCCGGCACUCCCUUUAGAAGAAGCGCUGGCCGCCCCGCCGGCCCCUCCUCCAUCUCCUCCUCCAUUAGCGAAAGAGCCGACACCUGAGCCGGCACCCGAACCCAAGCCUGAAGCAAUCGCCGUUCCGGAACCGAAGCCGGAACCACAGCCAGCACCACUGCCACAGCAGCUAGAGCCACUGCCUGAGCUGGUGGAGGAGCGGACGGAACCGACGGUCGAGUCGCAAGCGCCCCAAGGCCUGGAAGUGGACCGAGGCGGUGGAGGCGUCCCGGCUGAAGAUGAGCCGUUAAUAGCGGAGGAAUCACUGCCGCCACUAGUAGAGCCGGAAGAACCUCCAGCGCCGACGAAGCUGGAAGAGGAACAGAAAAGCACACCGGAGGAAUCGAGCGAAAGUUCACCGUCGAAAUCGAGCGAAGAGACAGAACCGACAUCGGUCGUGCAGGAAGUCCCCGAGAAGGAGGAGCAAAAGCCUGCCCCACCGCCGGUGGUCGAGGAGCCACCGAAGGUGUCGGAGGUGGUGCCUCCGGUGGUGGAAAAAGCAAAACCGCCAGAGCCCGCGAAAGAGCGACCCAAGCUGCGCCGUUCCAUGGAGUCGAAGAUGGAGAGCGUCGAGGAGGUGCCGGCUCCUGUACCGGUUGAGCCAGCAGUGCCGCCACCGCUGGACCAGGCAAAGGUCGACCAGACGCGCGGGUUUUUCGUCAGCCUGGACGGCACGGCUGAAGAUGACGAGAAGAAGAAGAAGAAAAUCAAGAAGAAACCGCGCCUGAAGGAGGACGAGCAGCAGGAGCAGCAAAGCAGCAAGGAUCAGGACUCGGGGUUCGAGCCGAGCCCGCAGGCCGUACGCAGCAAGCCGACCGUGUUCGAGCGCCCGACCCACACGGCCACCCUGCCGCGCCGGGCCGCCUUCUCGAUGGUGGAGGAGCGGGCGGCCAGUUCGCGGCCGGAGGGCCGCAAGCCGGGCGACAAGAACGCCGUCAACAUGACGACCGUCCAGCAGUCGAUUCAUCGCAACAUUCGAAGAUAUUAUAUGGAAAGAAAAAUUUUCCAACACUUGUUAGAACUGAAAAGUUUGCAAAUACGGUCGACGAAAGUGAACGAAUCGGUGCUGGUGAAGCGGGCCGUCGACGAUUACCACAAGUCCACGAUCGAGCUCGGGUACGAGACGGGCAGCACGCUCAAGCGCUACCCGUACACGGAGUACUCGUUCCGGAACUUUGAGCUCUUUCUGUACGACACGCUCAAGAGUCUGCAGAAGCGCGAGACGUACAAUUUCCAGAACAUCUCGGAGGUGUACGAUGAGGCCGAACGAAGGCUAAGCCCGGACGUGAGCCGCUACGAGCGUGCCCUGAACUGCACGACCAAAACACACCGCUGUCUUCAUGCGACCCACGCCUACACAGGCAUUCCCUGCGCUGCGUACAUACCGAUGAUGAACCAUCACACGAUACCGAAGCUCGGCUUCGGGCCGUACAAAUCGAGCACGUCCGGGGUGGGCAGCUUUUUCUUGCCGAAAAUCCUAACGCACCCGACGGACCGCAGCUGCACCGGAGGGAAGGUCGCACUGGAGCUGACGCACGGGAACAGCAAGCAGGCGACCCCGACCCUGGACGAGCAGCAGCAGCAGCAGCAACAUCGGCAGCAGCACAACCGCAGCAGCAGCAGCAACAGCAGCACCAGCGCCAGUCCCACGAGCAACCAUCAGAUACUGAUGCCCAAGAUAACGCUCACCCACAACGAAGCCAGCAGCAACAGCAGCACCAGCAACCUCAUCCUUCCCCAGUCGCGGAACGGCAACGGUCACCGGCUGUUGGGCCACAGUCGCAGUCCCGUGCCCUUCCCACAGUAGACGAGCGACGAUCCGGUGGUACCAACAGCCUGCGGGGCGCUACACCCGCCUAGCGCUCUCGGUGGGCCGGAAAGGUCCGCACGCUGGACGACCUGGUACAAUAUUUAAACCGUGCGGCGGUUGGGCUACGAGCCAAUGAGAUUCCGGCACCGAGUUUUGAACCCGGACUGGAGCAUUGGGUUUGGUGGGCUUUCCCGUAUGUGGGCGCGCGCGUGUGUGUAUGUUGUUUUUGGCUGUAAAUAUAUGACACUCUGUCUGUAGGCUCUUCCCAUGCCCAUGGGUGCGUCAUGUAACGCUGUGCUGUCUGUGUUGAGUACCUUCGAUAAGCAAAACUAAGCGAGAGAGUAAAGAAAGCAAACAAGAAACGAAGUCGUUUUCAUUCAACUUUCCCCGUUCCACUCAUGUGUGUGUGUGUGUUUUUUUUUCCUUCUGUUUUCGUUCAUGGCCACUUGAAGAGGUCUGCCGAGCUGUACCACUGCUGGUAGCUGCUGAGAAAGUAGACGAUAAUGUGAAGUAUUCUGUCGGAUUUUGUGUUUUAAGGGUCGUUAGCAUUAACGCUCGUUCCUUGACCUGCCAGAGGUGGCCAUCAUGUUCGUUCGUUCCAUGUCCUUGAGAGGCUCUAGUGCGUGUUUGAGGUUGAAGGUCAGUAUGUGACCCAUUAUACUUGGUAGAGCUUCCCGGGCGAGCGUGCCCUAAUGUCCUUGACCUAAAUCGAAACUAAUUACAGCCUAUUUCACCCCUUUUUUCUUAUACUUUUCCAUGUCUUCAAAGACUUUCCCCAAGGAAAAGGGAACUAAAAUUGCAUACAAGCGGUGUUCCGAUAGUGUUCCGCAAAGCUUUCAGCCUAAAGCUUCCACAAGUCAGGCGAUUGCCGAUUUGAUAAUGCUGGCUCUUGGGGCCUGUGCUGGGUACAUACGAGUUCGCGUGCAAAUUCAUAAAAUGCAUGUUUUGAUGCACGCUACCGGCCGUUUGGCACUCAACACACGAGCAAAGCUCUACGAUUUCGGUAUGGACGAGUUUGCCUGCAUAAUAGUAUUUUUGAUUCUCACGGUGCCUCAGCUAAUUAGCGACUUAACAAACGAGAGAGACAGAGAGAACGGACCGUGUUACACGAGCCUAUAAAAGUCAUUAUCGGACGUCGCUAAGUUUUGCACAUCAAACAGAUGACUGAUCUCGUGCCCAUCCUGCUCUUUGUAGUUGUAAUUACUGCUGAAAGCUCACUUAAUUCUACUUAUUUUUAUUUAAUACCAUAUACCGCCAUUGCCCAGCAGGCAGGAGAAACGCCACAUGAAGUCUUCCGUAACAAUUGAAGAGAAAAGUGACAGAACACCGAACGAGACAAAGGACGGCAAAGUUUCAAAAUUUAAUUAGCUAUGCUUCAUCAUUAUGCUACCCUGCGACUUCCAGCACACGACAUCGCCGUAGUCGCGUGUGUCGCGUGUGCAUUAUUAAUUACCGAUCGGGUCGGGGCUUGGGCUGGGCUUGGAAUUGGGAGUGAUUCCCUCGAUAACGGGCGUUGUAAAGUUACGUCAUUGGCAUCCCGCGCGUGCAACAUGUACUUUCGUCCUAGGAGCGUUGAAAAGUUUCGGGAAACACACCGGAAGUGCUGUACCCGACGCUGAAAGUUGCUGAAUCACCGUUUGCUGCUGCUGCUGCUGCUGUAUGUUGCUGUAUGUUGCUCCUGCUGCUCCUGCUGCUGCGUCUGAGGUUAGUUUUGCCAAAGUGGUAAACAUGAUGCUCUUACUAAGAUACUAAUACCAUUAAUGUAACAAAGUAGCUAAUAGAGAAAGCUAUCAUUUUCCAAUAGAUGUUGUGGGACAUCGUCAGCAUAAUUACUUCCAGCGAAUUCAGUGCUAGUCUUUGAAUGUCAUCGACUUGUGAUGCAGAUCACAAAAGAGGUCGAAAUAAAGUGUCCUUGAUAUUUACAACCAUUUAUUGGAAAAAGGGAAAACGAGAUACAGAAAACAACCAGAGAGAGAGAGAAAACGAACACAGCUGUUUAGUGAAAAGUGAUGUGAACAGAAGAGCAAUAUUGAAAUGAGACAAACGGUGCGUUACAUUUUGUAACUACUGCGAAUUAUACGACGGGCGAGUAGGAAAUGGGAGUUUUGGGUGAACUUGAAAUAUGAUCGUCUAGCGAACAAUGCGUACGUUAUUUUCUGUCAACGUUUUAGAUACCAAUUGUAGACUUUAUUGUAAAUAAAUAGA